ACCAAUACACACACAAACACACACACACAAACACACAGAGACAGAUUCCAGAGGGAGAGAGCAGGAUGUGGCUCGUCCCAGUCAUAGUUGUAGCAUGUCUCCUGAACAGCCCUGCUUUGGCUGGAGUCAAAGACUUGAGCUCACACUUCAGCACACUAGAGAAGGAAAAGACGGUGGAUGCACGUGGACUAUCUCCAGGUGGAGAAAACACAGACAUGGAGUCCAUUCCCAUAGACUUCCAUCGAGAAAACACCGUCACCAAUGACCUCCCGCUGGAGGGCCAGGAUGAUGAAGAUUAUGUAGACUUCGAUAAAAUCUUGGGUGAAGACGACUAUAGCGAAGGCGAUCAUAUCGAUGAGAUCUCCACCCCUGCUCCUGACCUUGACCUCUUCUAUGAGCCCAGUGACCCUAAAAUUCGUAGAGCACGACUUUUGCGGCUCUUCCACGGUCAAACACGCCUGCAGCGCAUCAACGUGGUCAAUGCACGCUUUGGGUUUCGAUUUUAUCGGAAACUGCGCAAUCGAUUAAACCAGACGGAUAACAUUCUUCUUGCUCCGGUUGGGAUUUCCAUCGCAAUGGGGAUGAUGGGUUUGGGAGUGGGUCCGAACACUCAAGAGCAACUCUUCCAAACUCUGGGAUUUGCCGAAUUCGUCAAUGCUAGCAAUCAUUACGAUAACUCGACCGUGCACAAGCUCUUUCGCAAACUCACGCACAGACUUUUCAGACGAAACUUCGGCUACACGUUGCGAUCGGUUAACGACCUCUAUGUGAAACGCAAUGUUCAGAUACAGGACAGUUUCCGGGCAGAUGCUAAGACAUUUUAUUUUGCUGAGCCACAGUCUGUUGAUUUUGCCGAUCCAGCGUUCCUUGUGAAAGCCAAUCAGCGCAUUCAGAAGAUCACCAAAGGUCUGAUAAAGGAGCCGCUGAAGAGCGUAGACCCCAACAUGGCAGUGAUGCUACUGAAUUACCUCUACUUCAAAGGCACGUGGGAGCAAAAGUUCCCGAAGGAGCUGACACACCACAGGCAGUUCCGUGUCAAUGAGAAAAAGCAGGUGCGUGUCCUGAUGAUGCAGAACAAGGGGAGUUACCUGGCAGCGGCCGACCAUGAGCUCAACUGUGACAUCCUGCAGCUGCCCUACGCUGGAAACAUCAGCAUGCUCAUCGCCGUUCCUCAGAAACUCUCGGGAAUGAGAUCCCUGGAGCAGGAGAUCUCCCCAACCCUUGUCAACAAGUGGCUUAGCAAUAUGACCAAUAGGACUCGUGAAGUGGUGUUCCCUCGAUUUAAGCUGGAGCAGAACUAUGACCUGAUUGAGCACCUGAAGGAAAUGGGAAUGACGGACAUAUUCACUGAAAAGGGCGACUUUUCUCCCAUGACCUCAGAGAAAGUCAUCAUUAACUGGUUUAAGCAUCAGGGGAGUAUUACAGUAAAUGAAGAAGGAACCGAAGCCGCAGCCAUGACACACAUCGGAUUCAUGCCAUUAUCAACACAAACACGCUUUAUUGUGGACCGACCGUUCCUCUUUCUCAUCUACGAGCACCGUACUGGCUGUGUUGUGUUUAUGGGACGUGUGGUGGACCCUUCGCAGACUUAAUCUGAUACGAAGUCUGAAUUACUAGCCCUCCUGUUUUCCCCAAUUUCUGUUUAACAGAGAGAAGAUUUUUAAAAUCAUUUCUAAAUAGUUUUAAUAAAUCAUUUCUAAUAACGUUCUUUUCUCUUUGCCAUGAUGACAGCACAUAAUAUUAGACUAGAUAUAAUUCAAGACACUUCUAUACAGCUUAAAGUGACAUUUAAAGGCUUAACUAGGUUAACUAGGGUAAAGUUAGGGUAAUUAGGCAAGUCAUUGUAUAACAGGGGUUUGUUCUGGAGACAAUCCAAAACUAACAUUGCUUAAGGGGGCUAAUAAUAUUGACCAUAAAAUGGCUUUAAAACAAUUAAAAACCGCUUUUAUUCAAGCCGAAAUAAAACAAAUAAGACUUUCCCCAGAAGAAAAAAUAUUAUAGGAAUUACUGUGAAAAAUUCUUUGCUCUGUUAAAUAACACUUGGGAAAUAUGUGAAAAAGAAAAAUAAUAAUUCACAGGAGGGCGAAUCAUUUAGACUUCAACUGUACACAAACAGAGCUGGGUAGCGACUGAGUAUAUGUAAUCUGAAUUAUGUUAUCAUAACCCAAAAAUCGAGUAUUUUUAAUUAGAGUAAAAUACCUUUUAAAGUACUGGUAAUCAGAUUACUUUAUGGAUUACAUAUUAUUUACGUAAUGGCGGUAUGUUGUUCACAAUUCAUUGAUUCUUUUCUUUUGAUGUUUAUAUUUUUUCAUACACUCAAAAACAUGUUAAAGCCUAACAAAUAAGCUGUACACUGUGUGCACAAUUAUUAUUUUGACCAUAUCAUCAUUUUAUCCACAAUUUCCAACUCCAAGCUGUAUAAACUUGAAUGCUUAUUGGUAUUAAUGCAUAUCGGGUGAUGUGUAUUUGUGUAACGAGGGAGGGUGUGGCCUACGGAGAUCAACGCCCUAUAUCAAGGUGUGCAUAAUUAUUAGGCAGCUUCUUCUUCUCAGGAAAAAUGGGCCCAAAAAGAGAUUUAACUGACUCUGAAAAGUCAAAAAAUGUAAAAAGUCUCACAGGGAUGCAGCACUCUUGAAAUAUCUAAGAUACUGGGGUGUGAUCACAGAACCAUCAAACGUUUUGUAGCAAUUAGUCAACAGCAGGGGUGGGCAAACUCGGUCCUGGAGGGCCGGUGUCCUGCACAGUGUAGCUCCAACUCUAAUCAAACACACCUGCUUGUAGAUUUCUAGUGAUCUUGAAGACACUGAUUAGCAUGUUCAGGUGUGUUUGAUUAGUGUUGGAGCUAAACUGUGCAGGACACUGGCCCUCCAGGACCGAGUUUGCCCACCCCUGGUCAACAGGGUCGUAAGAAACAUGUCGAGAAGAAACGACUGCCAUCUUCCACAACUGCAAACCUACGUGGAGUGUCAAGAAGUACAAGGUGUUCGGUUCUCAGAGAAACGGCCAUAGUGAGAAAGGCUGAAACCCGACCACCUCUGAACAAGACCCAUAAGUUGAAGCGUCGAGAAUGGGCCAAGAAAUAUCUAAAGACAAAUUUUUCAAAGGUUUUGUGGACUGAUGAGAUAAGAGUGACUCUUGACGGACCAGAUGGAUGGGCCCUUGGUUGGAUCAAUAAUGGACACAGAGCUCCACUUUUCUUCAGAUGGGGUACUGGCAUGGCCGGGUGUUAUUAAAGAUGAGCUAGCUGGACCUUUUCAGGUUGAAAAUGGACUCAAAAUCAACUAUCAGACCUACUGCCAAUUUUUAGAAGACACUUUUUCAAGCAGUGGUACAGGAAAAAGUCUGCAUCUUUCAAGAAGACUUUGAUUUUUAUGCACACUGUAAAAAAUAAAUGUGUAAAAUUUACUGUAAAAAAAACGGCAGCUGUGGUUGCCAGUACUUUACCGUUAAAAAUACGGUACAACCUGUAAAAGUAAUUCCUCAUUUAACAGUAAACUACCGUAUUUUAUUAAUUUAUAGAUGUAAGAUGUCUGUAUUUUGAAUAACCAACAUCUACACAUCUUUUGUUAGACAGUUAGACACAUUAGCACAGCCAUAUGCUGGUUGUGAUGAGACAGUUACAUGAAUCAAUGCUCAUCACAAACAACUUUUCCCACAAGCAGAAAAGAGUAUCAGUGUGUAGAAGGUGUUCAGUGUCAUUCACACAGCUACUAAACACCAGUAUGGUAACACGCUGAACUAGUAGUGUAAAAUUAAAGUCAUAAAAAAUAAACACUGUUUAUCAACAUUAGAUGUAAAAUAAAUCUCUAAUGUACAUCACUGAUAGGGAAACAACUAAAAAGAUCCAUAGUAAUGUCAACAAACAGCAUAAAAAGUGAUGUGCCAUGCAGGGAACUCUGGGAAAUCAAUUUAUAGUUAUUCGCUGUAUAUAUUAAGGAAACAUACUGUUAACCAGGUUACGGAUUUUUACCAUUUUUUCCAGUUUUUUACCGUUAAUAUCACGGCCAUUUUUUACAGUGCAAGACAACGCUCCAUCACAUGCGUCAAAGAACUCCACUGCAUGGCUGGCCAGUAAAGGCGAAAAACUUAUGACAUGGCCUCCUUCUACACCUGACUUAAACCCUAUUGAGAACUUUCGGGCCCUUCUUAAGCUGGAAAUUUACAAUAAAGGUAAACAAUACGGUGUACAUGUAGAUAUUCCCUUAAGAAAGCCAAAACUUCACUUAAAUGUUCUUUACUACUACUUAAAUGUUCAGGUUUGAGGGUUUCUUAACAUUUUGAUUAACCAAGAGCACUGUAGUUGUCCAAUAACAAAAUCAAUGCUGAAAAAUACAACUUGCCUAAUAAUUGUGCACACAGUGUAUGUAUUUUGAUUUCAUAUGCCAAUUGCAUCCAUUUGGAUUACUUACAAUUGGCAUAAUUUAACUUUUUAUUAAGUUUAAAAGUUUAUUAAAAUAAACUUUGUGUAAAGUUAAACAUAAACGAAACAAAUAAGAACAAGACUCAUGUAAUAAUAUCAAUAAAUCAUUUAAAGAAGCAUCUAAAACACAUUGGAUUUAUUGAUAUUCAUUCAUUCAUUCAUUUUACUUCAGCUUAGUCCCUUUAUUCAUCAGGGGUCGCCACAGCGGAAUGAACCGCCAACUAUUCCAGCAUAUGUUUUACGCAGCAGAUGCCCUUCCAGCUGCAACGCAGUACUGGGAAGCAUACAUAAACACUCAUUCACGCACACUCAUACACUAUGGCCAAUUUAGCUUAAUCAAUUCCCCUAUAGUGCAUAUGUUUGGACUGUGGGGGAAACCGGAGCACCCGGAGGAAACCCACGUGAACAUGGGAAGAACAUGCAAACUCCACAGAGAAAUGCCAACUGGGCCAGCUGGGUGUCGAACCAGCAACCUUCUUGCUAUGAGGCCACAGUGCUAACCACUGAUUAUUAUUGAUAAUAUUACCCCAAUCUUGUUCUUGUUUGCUUCAUAUGAAAAGUAUAUAUGUUAUCCAAAUGGAUGCACAGUUUACAUGCAAUCAUAAUACAUGAAUCUUAUUUAUUAGGCCUACAUUUUUUUUGAGUGUAAUAAACCUGUUUGUAAAUCUUUGUGAUGGUUCACUUUUGUGUUUUUGGUAGAUAUGCGUUAUAUGGCAUUGAUAUUACUACAGUAAUUACACCUCUAGUGUUUUUCAGAGUAAAUAUUUGAUGAUAUUGUUGUGCAUUUAAUGUGUUAAAAUGUUAGUAAUGUUGUACACGUACUUAAUAUGAAGUGAAUGUUUAAAAAUCAUAAUAUGUGAUUGUUUUAUUCAGCAAACGCUUAAAAGCAAGGUAUAUAUGUCAUCAUUUUACAGUAUUAACUGACCAUCAUUGCACUUUAUUAAAAAAGAAGCUGUUGAAAAAAAUGCUUAUAAAUAAAUAAAUAAUUAGUAUAUUUUUCUUUGUGUCUUUCAAAAUGGUACAAAAUUAUCCUCAUUCAAUAUAAGUGACAUCAAUUAAGGCUCAACACAAAAGUAUUCUAAAUGUAAUCCAAAAGUAAUCCGAAUACACUACCAUACAAUUUUAAUAUAUUACUACACAUUUCACGCUAUUAGUAAUCAGUCACUGAGUACAAUUCACCCUCCCGGCUCUGUAUUCAAAACACAGAUUUGCAAUGGCUGUAAAAAAGAUGGUUGUUUUCUUUUAUAAGUUACGAGCAAGAGGAGUUUUGUACGUUUUGAGCUCAUCAACUGUGUAUUCUGAGGGCAGAAUCUGUUGUUUGCAAAUAAAGUGAAUACCAGGACUGGUU